CAUCUCUUGCUUGACUUGUGUGUCAGAAUGCAAUGGCGGCGUCCGUUUACUCGCGAAGCUCGUACAAAUAUAAUCCGUCAUCCUUUUCUUACCUAUAUCGACUAUUCAGGAGACACCGCUUUCAUAGCGAAUGAUCUUUUUACGAGCGGAGUAGACUGAUAAGAAAUAAACAAAUAAAUAAAGUUCGUGUAAUGAAGUAAAUAAGAUAGAAAAGUGAAAAUGUUUACAACAAAUACAGUGCAAACCGGCGCAGUGCCGACAUUGCAGUAUCAGGAGCAUCCCACUCAAAAGACCCAAGGGAAAAACAUCGAAAAUGUUCAACAAAAAAAUCCUCAACAAACUCAGCAACAACAGGAGUUCCCAACAUUUUGUUACACUACAAAUGUAAAUAUGAUUGGAAAAAUUGGCACGGGGACUACUGGAGGCACUGGAGGGGUGACUGGUGGUGUAAACAUAGCUCAACUAACAACCAGUGAUGACAAAACAUGCUAUAUAGCACAACCAUUCUCUUAUAACUAUGCUCUUGUAAACCAGAUGCAAAUUGCCCCAAAUGGCAUCCAGAACACAAUAUCUAAUAUUAGUUUUAAAUGUGACGUUUGUGGACUCAUGUUUGGACACCUGACGCUUCUCAAUGCUCACAAAAGAAUACAUGCUCAAGAUACAGAUAAUAAUAUAACUGUUGUUGCAACGGGUGUCAGUGCUAGCAACGAUGUUACUAUGCCGCCUCAGAUCCAAAUACUCUCGUCUGACCCAAAUGAACAGCAAACUCAUCAUGUUCAAAUACAAGAGACUAAACCGCUUAUUGACAAAGUUCAGAAAUGCAUUACAUGUGGUGGACCAAUUUCCAAUAAUCCCAAAAGAAAAGGACCUAAGUUAAUCAGAUGUGAAAAUUGCAUAGCACAAGAUUCUGUUGACCAGAGAAAUAAUCAAAUGAAUGCUGCGCAAAUCUUCGUCGCAUCUGAGGACAACGUUAAGUAUGAGGUGGGCGGUGUUAGUGGGGUGCACCAGCCAACUGACCCGUUAGCACCAACGCCUACCAAUCAACAACAGACACAACAGCAACAGAAACCAUUACCCGGACACCAUCCUGUAAAGAAAAGAAAUUUGGCAGCUGUUACGAAAUGUCAAAAUUGUAAUGGUUCAGGCAUUAUAUUCGUGGGUGGAAGUAAAAGUAAACUUAAUCAGUCAAACUCAGAAAAACCAUUUCACUGUAAUAUUUGCGGUGGUUCAUUCUCUAGGUAUUCAUCAUUAUGGUCUCAUAAGAAGUUACAUUCAGGGGAAAAGAAUUUCAAGUGUGGAAUCUGUGGAAUCGCAUUUGCGAAAGCAGUUUACCUAAAAAAUCACUCAAGAAUACACACAGGCGAAAAACCAUAUAGAUGUAGUACCUGUGGUAUGCAAUUCUCACAAUCACCACAUUUGAAGAAUCAUGAAAGAACACAUUCUGGAGAAAAACCUUAUGUGUGUGAAGUUUGUGACAAAGGAUUCGCUCGUCACGCUACCUUGUGGAAUCAUCGGCGUAUACACACCGGCGAGAAACCAUACAAAUGCGAAACGUGCGGAUCAGCGUUUAGUCAAGCAGCGCAUCUUAAGAACCAUGCGAAGGUACAUUCUGGUGAGAAGCCCUUCAAAUGUGACAUAUGCACUGCGGCCUUUGCGGAUCGGUUCGCUCUCAAGCGGCACAGAGGGAUUCACGACAAAUAUGGACAAACGACCCCACUACCAUCUAGAAUACAGCAAACCCAGCAAGAUCAACAACAAUCAACUCAGCAACAAAACUCCGAUCAGAAGAAUGUCCAGCCGGCUGUGGAAGUAGAGCAUCAUGCUGAGCAGACUCUAUGAACCUAGGAUUUAUUUAAAAUUAUUUCAUCCCACCCAAAAGUUUACAGAAAAUGGAAAGCUAGCUUUAUAAUUUCAUUCAACUAUCAAUGUAAAUACACUAUCACACUUUUAAGGCAUCAAAUUGACGAAACUUCCAAUCCAUUAAUACAUUCAUUUCAUUAUACAAUUAAACUAAUGUGGGUAUUAUUAUAAAAUCAUGGUGCAUCUGCAAUCAUGCAUUAACAGCGAACACUGCCAUUUUGACGAGUAAUUUAGAUUUUAGUCAUUGUUAUAAAAAAGAGAGAUUUGAUUACUAUUAUUGUCAACUGUUUAUGCAUAAUUUUUACGCUUGAGUCAUUAGGGUUCAUGAUGUAAUUAAAAGUUGCAAGGUCGCCUAUUUUAUUUCACCUAUGAAUGUGGGCGGAGGUUUCUGUUGUUGUUU